AUGAAAACCGAAGCAUCACUCAUCCUAGUCAAGGCGUUGAAUAUGGAGUCAGAGGGCACGGACACCUAUUCUGUCCCUUCCGAGAAAUCCUCUACGGUACCCUCGGAGACAAGUGACGACCGUGAUUUCAUCGCUUCGGAUUCAGAGAGAUUGUCAUACACCUCGCAUGAUUCAUCGGAUGUUUUAUAUCUUUUCCAUGGGUCUUCGCGAGCUGAGGGAGAAUUUGGUGUUCAGGACGGAAAGAUUCCAAUCAAAACAAUUGCGCGACAGUCGGUCAUGCAGAAUGGCCAACCUGUCACCAAGUAUCUUGUUCUGUGGUACUCGUGGGAAGAUGAUGAGAUGUGA